GCGUCCCAUCGCGGCCCGCUGCCGCCGCCCCGGGCCAUGGGCCGGCCCGACUGAGGGCCCGCAGGGACUCGCCCGGUGCUGCCCGGAGCGCCGCGGCCGAGGCGGGGUCGCAGGAGUCCCGGUGAGGGGGAAGAUGCCCUCCGCCGGGCGGACUGCGGGCUGCCGCCGCCUUCUCCUCUUCCUCCUCCUCUGCGGGGCUGCCUUUGGUCUCUACUUCCCCAGGAAAGAGUAUUCAGAGAAUGUCUACAUUGAUCAGCCAGCAGGUACACCGCUCCUGCACAUCCAUGCCUUGAGGGAUUCACAUGGGGAAGUGGCCCACUUUCAUCUAUGCCAGAAUCUCAUAAUUUCUCGAGCAAGAUCCCAUGAAAAUCAUUGGUUUCAAAUCAGAGAAAAAACAGGACUUCUCUACCUCAGCAAAAGCCUGGAUAGAGAAGAUUUUAACAUGCUGUCUGUAGGAAACUGGAUGCCGUUAUCAAAGGUGAUGCUGUAUGUCUUCCUUUCAUCCCACUCUUUUCAAGAGAAUGAAUGUGACUCUGCUGUGCGCACCACGGUUUUCCUGUCCUUGAUCAAUGCUACCACACCAGCUUGCAGUUCCCUGACAGCAAGGCAGCUUUGUUUCGCGGAAAUGGAUCUCUCCUUUCACAUCAAGGAGAAUAAACCACCUGGCACAUUUUAUCAGCUCCAGUUACCCUCAGUUCAUCAUCUGUGUCAGAAUCUCAGCAUUUCCUACAAACUGCUGGCAGCUGAAGGUAUGCCCUUUCGAUACAAUGAGAACACCACUGGUGUGAGUGUCACACAGCGCCUAGAUCGAGAAGAGAGGGAGAGAUAUGAGCUGAUUGCUAAAUGUACCAUGAGAGAGGGCUUCAGGGAAAUGCAAGUUGAGGUGCCCUUCCUGGUGAAUGUGUUAGAUGAAGAUGACUCUCCUCCCUUCCUUCCCAAUGGCACUGAUACAGCAGAUGCUGUCGUGGAGUUCAACAGGAAAGAGGGAACUGUUCUUGCAACGCUAACUGUAUAUGAUGCAGACACCACACCUAUUUAUCCCCUUGAAAGCAGCAGAAAGAAAUACACAGGAACCAUUGUUACUGAUGAUCCCUGGAUAAGUGAAACAUUUCGGGUAGAGCACAUCUUUGAUGAAAUCCACUUCAGCCCAAAUGGCAGCCAAGUGAGGGGAACUCGACAUGAGUACAAACUGGUACUGAAUAAAAGUAUUUCAGUCACAGAACAUAGUUCCUUCCAGUUGGAUGUCUUAGUGAAUGACACAGAAUUUCAUGGCCCAGAAAGAUCAGUGAUGCUUCAUUUCAAUGUCUCCAUCCUUCCUGUCAGCAUUCAGUUUCCAAACAUGACUUACCAGUUCCCUGUCAACAGAAAUGCUGAACGCUUUGCACAAAUAGGAAAAAUCUGCAUUGAAAACUGUAUGAAAUUCCGUGGUGUGAACAUCACCUACAAGUUACUAUCUCCCAAUGGAAGCUGCUAUCCUGUCAGCAUACUUCAAGCUCGAGAAGACAAAUAUGGAAGCCUUUAUGUGAAUGAUUCCUCUGUGCUGCACAGACCCGAAUGCAAGGAAAUACAAUACACUAUUCAAGCUACAGACAAGCAGAGCAGGAAACAUACUAAAACCUUUCUCACUAUUGUAUUGGAAGGAACUUUUUUAAAAAAAGAAGAGGACUGCCCUGACUCUUGUGCUGUGAGUAAGCACCGUGCUGAAUGUGAAGAGUGUGGUGGCCUGGGAGUCUUAACAGGAAGAUGCCAGUGGAGACAGGGGAGUGGAAAAGGGAUCACCACAAACUAUUCCACAUGCACCCCAAGUAUCAAGACUUGUCCGGAUGGCAUCUGUGAUGUGAUUGAGAGCAAAGAUCCAGCUGUGUGCCCCCAAGACUGCACAAGUGGAAACAUUAUUGGUGGUCAUGGGAAAGGCAUUGGAAAUCUUGGAAUUAAGUCAGGACAUGGUAUUUGUUACUGCUUCCCAAGACAGAACUGUUAUUGUGAGAAAGAUGAUAUCAAGGAGCAACUGUGUGAUGAUGUGUGCAAGACUGUGAUAGCAGGGGCAGUGCUGCUGUCCUUCAUCAUCUCCGUGCUGCUUUCUUCCUAUUUCAUCCAUCGUUAUCACAAGAAUUCUUCAAAGCCACCUAUUGCCUCCGCAGAAAUGACAUUCCGGCGCCCAGCCCAGUCCUACCCCAUCAGUUAUUCUUCCACUAACGUCCGCCGGCCUUCUUUAGAUUCCAUGGAGAACCAGGUGUCUGCAGACACCUUUAAAAUACCAGAAGAUCCAAAGUGGGAAUUCCCUCGGAAGAACCUAGUUCUGGGCAAGACUCUGGGAGAAGGAGAAUUUGGAAAGGUCGUCAAGGCAACAGCGUUCCGACUCAAGGGAAGGGCUGGUUAUACCACUGUAGCAGUAAAAAUGUUAAAAGAAAAUGCUUCCCAGAGUGAGCUGCGAGAUCUACUUUCAGAGUUCAACCUUUUGAAACAGGUGAACCAUCCUCAUGUCAUCAAACUAUAUGGAGCCUGCAGUCAAGAUGGUCCGCUGUAUUUAAUUGUGGAAUAUGCUAAAUAUGGCUCCUUGCGCAGUUUUCUCAGGGAAAGUCGAAAAGUAGGACCAAGCUAUGUGGCUAGCGAUGGCAACAGAAAUUCAAGUUAUUUGGAUAACCCUGAUGAAAGAGCCUUAACAAUGGGAGAUUUGAUAUCAUUUGCAUGGCAGAUAUCACGAGGAAUGCAGUACCUUGCAGAAAUGAAGCUUGUUCAUCGUGAUUUAGCAGCCAGAAAUGUAUUGGUGGCAGAAGGACGCAAAAUGAAGAUUUCUGAUUUUGGCCUUUCCCGUGAUGUAUAUGAAGAAGAUUCAUAUGUCAAGAGGAGCAAGGGUCGGAUACCUGUUAAAUGGAUGGCCAUAGAAUCCCUAUUUGAUCAUAUCUAUACAACACAAAGCGAUGUAUGGUCAUUUGGAGUUCUACUAUGGGAGAUUGUAACUUUGGGAGGUAAUCCCUACCCAGGUAUUGCUCCUGAAAGACUUUUUAACCUCCUAAAAACAGGCUAUAGAAUGGAGAGACCAGAAAACUGCAGUGAAGAAAUGUACAACCUGAUGUUGCGUUGUUGGAAGCAAGAGCCUGAUAAGAGACCAACAUUUGCUGAGAUCAGCAAGGAACUAGAGAAAAUGAUGGUGAAGAGUAGGGACUACUUAGAUCUUGCAGCUUCUACACCUUCUGAUUCCUUACUUUAUGAUGAUGGGCUCUCAGAAGAGGAGACACCACUCGUGGACUGUAAUAAUGCUCCCCUCCCUCGAACCCUCCCUUCCACAUGGAUUGAAAACAAACUCUAUGGCAUGUCAUACCCGAACUGGCCUGAGGAGAGCCCCGUUCCACUCACAAGAUUCGAUGGCACUAACUCUGUGUUUUCAAGAUAUGCAAAUGAUAGUGUAUAUGCUAACUGGAUGGUUUCACACUCAGCGACAAAAUUUAUGGACAAGUUUGAUAGCUAAAAUUUUCUUUGUGAAAGGUAAUGGACUCCUGAGGGGAACAAAGAUGCAAAGAAUGGAAAGUCCAUUGGCUCGUUCUUUGUACAAUCAAUAACUAACUUUAAAUUGGCAAACCCUUUUAUUGGUAGUUUCUAAAGUGUGUUAUUCAUGCUGAAGACUAGAAUUGGUGAUUUCCCCUUUCUAAAAACAUAUCAAGCUGGAUAAGAGUUGUAGUUCCAGUACUUCUUUCUAUAUUGCCAUUUUGCAUAUGGUUCCAUUUGGCAACUUUUUACUGCAAAUGGCCUCGCACUUCAUUCUCGCUGUUUUUUAGACUAGCCAUCCUUUGCUACAGCUUUUUUGGAUGGGAAAAUGUACUUGAACUGCUACUUUUAUAGUGGUUGUUAGCAUACAACCACUUGAUCUAAGCAGGAAGCACAAACAAUAUAUGGAAGGGAGGGGGGAAAUAGGCUCCCAAAUUACUGAGCUUGCUAUCAAAUGAGAAGCGUUACAAUGAUGUUGGCACUAACAAAGCCUGUAUCUUGGUUUGGAAGCAAACAUUAAGUAACUCAAUAGAGGACCUGAGAUUCAACAUUUGAAAUCUUAUAAAAUGUAUUGUCUUAAUGAGAAGAGAUUUUGUUUUAUUAGUCAGAACUUCUCUUACCUUUAGCACAAUUGAGAUAAAUUUGAUACAAGAUAAGCUGUAUAGAUUGAUGGCAAUCAAGAGUGUUCAUCUGACAUAAUUUACUUUCCAUCAUCUACAUCUUACUAAUGUUAAAAUGUACAAUCUUGUACAAUCAUAAUUCCUCUUCUGAGUUCAAAAUAGACUGUACAGGGUUUUUAGAUGGAAUACAAGUAAAGAGAUUUUGUUUGCAGUCAUGUUCAGUGGGUUGGAGUCCUCCUCUUAGUUCCAGAUUGAAUACACUGCCAUGCACAGGACACUACCAUGAUACAACUCCAAAUAAACCCAUUACCUUGAAAGUCAUGAUAAACUACACUUGCACAGCAAAAUUGGUCUAAAACUCUACUGUUAAUGCAGCUAUACAAGGAAAAUGUCAUCGGAAUUUGUUAAGGUGAAAUAUAAAACUGUUGUGCUUACAACACUGACUUGAUAUUUGGGAGAACGAUCAGACUGUGGGUCGUGUUCUGUGUGGAAGACUAAAUGAUCGGCACUACUUUUGUCUUUAUUUGUAAUCUAAUGUGGUUAAAGAUAAUUUUUUGUUUGCUACAAAUGUUGGGAGGUAAAUCCCAAGUGAGUUGUUAGCCUUGUGAUGGUUAUUCUAAAUAAUCCAAUUCCACCAAAGUUUGCUCCUGUCACAAUCCAAUUUAGCUGUUUUCAAAUGUUUUGUGUAUCAACUUUAUGUUUCCAUUAAAGUCCAUGAUUUCAGAAACAAGAGAGUCAGACUGCCACAACCAAACACAGAUUUUCUUUUUACAAAAAGUGGGAUAUAAAAUGCUAUGUUGGAAUUUAAGCACCUUCACUGUUGGAUAUCAUACUUGAUCCUGUCCUGGUUUCAGGCAAGCACUAACCAGAGUGAAUUUUUUGUACAAAAAUUAGCUGUGUUGUGUAAUGCUUAAGUAGAGUAAAGAGAUAUAGCUACGUAUACAGAAGGGGUUCAGCUGUGAUAUAAUGUGAUCUUCACCGGCAUAACACAGCUGUCAGAAUGCACACUUUUAAAAUUACACUGAAAAUUAAGCCCAUUAUAUGGGCUGUUUUUUCUAUUGAGAGAUCUAUGAAAAAAGGAGAGAAAAAUGGCACUGUGGUAACUUGUUCUUUUCCCCAGUCCUUUUCCUGUAUUUUCUGUCUGUAAAUGGCAAUUCUUUAUUUGCCAUAAGCAAUCAAGGCAUCAAGAUUUUUGUUGUUUUUUUUUUUUUAAUUCUUCCUUAAAUUAAGAAUUUCUUUUUAUCAUCUAUCUUCAGCAACACUAUUCAACUAGGAGGAGUGAAGCGCCUAGUUUCUAACCUGAAAAGCCCUGCAAACAACUUUGCUGUACAGUAGGUGUGUGGGAUAGUAAGCAAUGCCGAAAUAACCAGUGGCUGCCUUAAGUAUUGUGUAUUUUAGAUUUCUAGCAUGAGUAAAUGCUGUUUCAACCACUAAUUCCUGUGAAAAAUUUCUCUAAUGUUGUUACCUAUGUUAGCAGACAUAGAUUCUGCAUAUAAAAUACAUACACAGCUCAUAAUUAUAGUUGCCGUACACAAUUACCUGCAUUAAGUGAAGCUUGAUGAAAAGUUCUUAACAAGUGUUUCCUAAUCCAACCAAUUUUGCCUCCCUUCCUACUCAUGAAUAUUGGUAAGAAAUAGAUUAUUGCUUUCAAGUAUUCACUCAUAAUAUAAAAACUUCUUAUGUCUUCUAUGUAUGCUAUUUUUGUAAAUAUUUCCCUUGAAGUGUUUCUUAUUUGUUCCAUGUUGCCAUUAGUCAGAAUGGUGACAAUCUUGUUUCAGUUCCCCCUUAGAGAGUCAAUGUACUUCCCAUGUGGGAAAGAAGUGAUGUUGCAGAUUAUUAUUUCCAACGGUGCCAGAAACAGUUAUGCACUUGACUGCCCUUAGCAAAGUGAAUUCAAAAGGAACAAAUGACUCACCUAAAUGUACAGGUUGGAGGGAAUAACUUUCUAAAAAUUUCUGCCAGCCUUUUCUAAAUAUCUGCAGAGAUGACAUGGUUUACGUGGUCUGUGCUUUGAGUUGUGACAGAUGGGGGAGAGAGUGAAUCUGAUGUGUCUUUCCAGUCAUUACAGCAGCACAAGGAAGAUAUUGUAAUACUCAUUUCCACAAAAUUUUCAAGAGGUGUGAUACUCAUAAAAUCUACUGUGAGGUUGCAGAUUUUAAUCUGCAGGCAUUAUACUGUUUAAUAGAAUAGAUUUUUUU